UCCGCCCCGGCCCCGCGGUCACCGUGUGGUCUAAGCACAGCGCGCCCCACUCGCCGCCGCCAUUCACCCCAGGCCGGCGGGGCCCGCCCCUCACGCCGCUGCCCGCCGGGGGGUCACGCACGCGGCUUCGCCGGCCUCUGUUCCUGCACUUGCAAAUGAGUGGGAGUGGGGGCGAGGGGCGGCACCCCGCGGAGUGAGCCCCGCGCCGCGGCUGUCACGGUGCAGGGCUCGUGCUGGCUCCCAAUCGUGGCACGAGGUGACCCGCUGGCCUCGGACUUGGGGACAGGCGCAGCCACGUGCUGGUCCCCCUGGUCCAUUGUCUCCAUCGCUACUUGCGCAAACUGCUGGUCGCCCAAGUCGUCCAGAGGAGAGACACUCAGCCUCGUGGCGGGCUGGUGUCGGGAGCAUCCUGCUCAGAAUGCCAGUACCUUGUCACGUCGAGCCUUCGAGUCGCAGAGUGUCAGAACGAAGGCGUGUUGAGGGCCAGCUAGUCCAGUGCGCUCAUCGGAUGAGCGGAGCACGCCCGCUCCGGGCCCUGGCUCGUGUGGGCAGGGAGGGCAGAGCCAGGCCACACCUGCGGGCUGCGGAGCCUCAGGUCUGCAGAGCGUCCGUCAGGACCCCCGUGCGGCCCUCUGGCCCUCCUCGGCUCUCGCGGAGGACGUCGGGGUGGACCGGGUGUUCUUUUCCCGGCCCUUCUGACUGGCCGCUCGGAGGAGGGCGAGGUCUGCCAGAAGGGUGGCGCGAGCUGGAUUUGGAAAGCUAGUGGUCGGUCAUGCCCUGCGCCCCCAGUUCCGGUUCCUUGAGGCCGUGCCGGGUGGCUUGUGGAAGGCGGGAAGAUGUGUCCGGAGGCCGCCGUGAUGCGAAGUCCGCCCCGGAAGCGCAGAGCUCCUAAAAUGCGAAUAGCGUAGUUCGGCUGCAGGCCGCCCGCAGGCGUGGCGGGAGGCGAGGCGGGCCUGGUGAACGGGCGGAAGGGGCGGCCAUGCUAGAGCGCGGGCGUCUUUUCUGAGAGCGAGGCCAUCAGUCUAGUGGCGUACGGAGCUGACUGUGGAAUCCGUGUGAAAGCAGGAGGACGAGUAUGGAGAGGGAGAAGAUGACGCCGAGGUGCAGCAGGAAUGCCUGCACAAGUUCUCUACCCGGGACUACAUAAUGGAACCCUCCAUCUUUAACACUCUGAAGAGGUAUUUUCAGGCAGGAGGGUCCCCAGAGAACGUCAUCCAGCUCCUGUCAGAGAACUACACAGCUGUGGCUCAGACUGUCAACCUGCUGGCCGAGUGGCUCAUCCAGACAGGGGUUGAACCGGUGCAGGUUCAGGAAACUGUGGAAAACCACCUGAAGAGUUUGCUGAUCAAACAUUUCGACCCCCGCAAAGCAGAUUCUAUUUUUACCGAGGAAGGAGAGACCCCAGCGUGGCUUGAACAAAUGAUUGCACAUACCACGUGGAGAGAUCUCUUUUACAAACUGGCUGAAGCCCACCCAGACUGUUUGAUGCUGAACUUCACUGUUAAGCUCAUUUCUGACGCUGGGUACCAAGGGGAAAUAACCAGUGUGUCCACAGCUUGUCAGCAGCUGGAAGUGUUCUCUAGGGUUCUCCGGACCUCUCUGGCGACAAUUUUGGAUGGAGGAGAAGAAAACCUUGAAAAAAAUCUCCCUGAGUUUGCUAAAAUGGUGUGCCACGGGGAGCACACGUACCUGUUUGCUCAGGCCAUGAUGUCCGUGCUGGCCCAGGAAGAACAGGGGGGCUCAGCUGUCCGCAGGAUCGCUCAGGAGGUCCAGCGCUUCGCGCAGGAGAGGGGCCACGAUGCCAGUCAGAUCACGCUGGCAUUGGGCACAGCUGCCUCCUACCCCAGGGCUUGUCAGGCCCUGGGGGCCAUGUUGUCCAAGGGAGCUCUGAACCCGGCCGACAUCACAGUCCUGUUCAAGAUGUUUACAAGCAUGGACCCGCCUCCUGUUGAACUUAUCCGGGUGCCAGCCUUCCUGGACCUGUUCAUGCAGUCACUCUUCAAACCAGGGGCCAGGAUCAACCAGGACCACAAGCACAAGUACAUCCACAUCUUGGCAUACGCGGCGAGCGUGGUGGAAACCUGGAAGAAGAACAAACGAGCGAGCAUCAAUAAAGACGAGCUGAAGUCAACAUCGAAAGCUGUUGAAACUGUUCACAAUUUGUGUUGCAAUGAGAACAAAGGGGCCUCUGAGCUGGUGGCAGAGCUGAGUACACUUUAUCAGUGCAUUAGGUUUCCCGUGGUUGCAAUGGGUGUGCUUAAGUGGGUGGACUGGACCGUGUCAGAACCGAGGUACUUCCAGCUGCAGACAGACCACACACCGGUACACCUGGCACUGCUGGACGAGAUCUGCACCUGCCACCAGCUUCUGCACCCCCAGGUCCUCCAGCUGCUUGUUAAGCUUUUUGAGACUGAGCACUCCCAGCUGGACGUGAUGGAGCAGCUCGAGCUGAAGAAGACCCUGCUGGACAGAAUGGUUCACCUGCUGAGUCGAGGUUAUGUACUUCCUGUUGUCAGUUACAUCCGAAAGUGUCUGGAGAAGCUGGACACUGACAUUUCACUCAUUCGCUAUUUUGUGACCGAGGUCCUGGACGUCAUAGCCCCUCCGUACACCUCUGACUUCGUGCAGCUUUUCCUCCCCAUCCUGGAAAACGACAGCAUCGCAGGCACCAUUAAAACGGAAGGCGAACACGACCCUGUGACAGAAUUUGUAGCUCACUGCAAGUCUAACUUCAUCCUGGUGAACUAAUUUAGAGCACCCUCCAGAGCUGAGGUGGAACAUUCCAGAAAGUUGUUUGAAGAGGUUCAUUCAUCACCUUGGAAAUGUGUUCUGGGGGGAGGAGGUGGAGAACUGCUUAAAAAGGAAAAUGUUAGCAGUAUACGGGAAAAGCUGCUACUACGAACAGCCCCCUGUCCUUCUUGUAAGUCCUGCUUACCGUCUUCAGUCCCCCAACAUGGGGCCCAGGUUCACGUUACCUCUCCGGACAGAGCCAGCUCUCAGCCCCAAGGGUGGUGGGGAGUCCGAAACUGAGACACUUAAAUGAACUACCUUCAAAGCUGACUUAGUUUUCUCACAAGAACCUGAUUAGCUGAUAUUUUAUUGUAAUUGCUUUCAUUUUCCAAGAACAAAUAAAAGCCUUUCUACUGGGCUGAAAGGUAUAGAAAGGUGUUCUCGUGUAUAAAUGAGGCUCACUCAGGCUGUUCUCCUGUGAAGGCGUGUAUUUUAUUCAUCACUGGGGUGACUUGAAACUGCCAUCUCUCCCUCCACCCCCCACUGAUUCCAAGGUGACAUAAGCACUGGUGGUGAAGGCCGCAUCAUAGAAAAUACCAAAC